AUUGUGAAAGGGCGGGGAAGGAGAGAGGAGGCAAGGAAAAGGAAUUGUUUCCAAUCCUCGCAUUCAUCAACAUUAGCAGCAAUUGUAACUGUAACGGUAAUGAUGUGUAUGACGAUACCAAGGCAGUACUUGUGUCCUUAGGAUAAUAACGACAGAUGUAUAACCCUCAAGCCAAAUUGUCUAUAGAUGCAACCCAGCACAGAUGUGGUAAGAUAGGAUACACAUCACUCAUCACUUGCCUGUCAACUUUUUUUCGAAAUAUUUUUUUGUCUCACAUUUAAUACCUCAUGGCAAGCCACUUGCACAAACGUAAGUUCAACAUCUAGUUUCGAUUUGCUUGAGUUGUCAACUAACGUGAAUUGAACGUGAAAUCAACGGGAGAAAAUAAAUUCCCUUACGUUGUUGGCGUUUUGCAAACCUUGAAAUGACGUGGAAACCACGUUGAUUCAUCCAGUUGUUGCCCAGUGGGAAGAUUUUUAUUUUUUAAUCGUUUGUCUUUUUGGGGUGGGACAUUGUAAAAGAGGGCCAGAGAGAGAGAGAGAGAAAGAAAAAGACAGAGAGAGAAUAGUCCAGAUGUGAGAUGUGACGCGCUGCCGGACGAGCCAGACACGACGAUCCAGUGUUAUUGAUGAAGAAUAGAAAAUGUUCUACCAUCGAGGGAAAGUCUGCGCUAUUGAUGGGCUUUCUCAUUUAUAACGUGAACCACACCAACAUCUGUCCAUUAGUGUGCAGACACACACCAUAAACCUGCUGUGUGUGUGUGUGUGUACACCCACACCCAAGGGGAUUUUAUACUCUGCCUGAGAGGGUGUAUGUGUGUGUCUGGUUAACAGUCAGAGGUGAAAGAUCAGAGUUCACAGCAGGUCGGAGGCAAGAGGUCAGGGGUCAUGUCUACCGUGGCAUUCCAGAACCUUCCUCUCAACAUUUAUAUGGUCAUCUUCGGGACCGGAGUCUUCGUUUUCGUCCUGAGCCUCAUCUUCUGCUGCUACUUCAUCAGUAAACUGAGGCACCAGGCCCAACGAGAGAGGUUUGGAUAUAAAGCGGUGGUGUUCAAAGGGGAUACAAAGAAACUAAAUCUACACGGGCAGACAUGUGCGGUGUGCUUGGAGGACUUCAGAGUGAAAGAUGAGCUAGGAGUGUUGCCAUGCCAACAUGCCUUUCACCGGAGAUGCCUGGUGAAGUGGCUGGAAGUGCGCUGUGUGUGUCCCAUGUGUAACAGGCACAUCGCUGGGCCACCUGAACAACGCCACAGCCUGGGCACACUGCUGGAUGAACUGGUGUAGUGGGUUGCUAUGGCAAUACAGCUGGAAAUGAGUGGUGUAGCAAGUUGAUAUGACGAUGCAGCUGGAAAGAACUAGUGUAGGAUGUUGCUAUGGUGGUACGACCGGAACAGACUGGUUUAGAGGUCCCGGUACGGACUAUACAUUGUCAGGUCAUUUUGCUUCAGCAAUCUAUUAUUAGGGACCAGUGACGAAACCACAUGACACCAUAAAUAUAGGGAAAUCUAGCUUCAGACUUCACACACUCAUGUAUUGAUAAGGAGAUGGGACACACGGGCGGCAGGUAGCCCAUCAGUUAGAGCGUUGGGCCAGGUUGCUUGUUUGAAUCCCCGAGCUGACCAUGGUGUAAAUCUGUCGACGUGCCCUUGAAAAAGGAGCAACCCUAAUUACUCCAGGGUUGCUGUUGAUAACGGCAGACACUGGCUGUGACCCCACUCUCUGGGGGUGUCCCAGGGAGAGUUGGGAUCUGCAAAAAAACAAAUGAAAUAGGACAAAUAUAAGCACCCACCAAAUUAUUACCAUUAUGGGUACUGUAGUAUGUCAUGCUACACCUUAUCAUGUAGAAUCAGUCAUUUAAUGACUGACUGCCGAGCCUCUACAAUACACACUCCACCAGCAUGCCCACUUUUCAACAGACUUCUUCAUGAAGAACGGAUUCACAAAGCCACAAAAUCUGGGACAAAAACUCCGCUCUCAGCCCUCAGUCACUGUCUGGAAGAGGGGCUACCUGUGAAAAGAGAGCUUGAGAACUUAAGGGAUGUAUUGCUGAACGCCCAGAUAGAAAUAUAUGAUGUAGAACAGACAUGCCUUUCUGAAAUCUGGAUUGAGGAAUUGUGUCAGCUCUGUUCAUGGCAUAUCUAUCUGCAAUGUCCAGUAUGUUACACCCUGGGGAUGAUGACAUACAGGUAUCAUUGUGACAUUUUUUUCUGACUGUGUCACACGUCUGUCUGUCAGGUCUGUGUGUGUGUCUGUCUGUGUGUCAGGUCUGCAUCCUGCUUAUAUUAAGUGGGUGUGACAUAUACUCCUGUUAUGAACUGUAGGAGGGACCAACAACUUUUUUUAUCCUGACUAGUAUUUCCUUGCCAAACAAGCCUUUCCCGUUAAUUAUAUUUAAAGUGAAGGGAGAUUUGGAACAAUUCCUUUCUGUCUGGGGACGUGUACUGAAGCACAGGCACUGCCCAAUGGCAAAGUAAACAUUCCCCAUGUGUACAAUAUCUGCUUUUGUAAAUAUCUGAAAAUACAACGUGUCCUGUUCUGA